ACUUCCGCUGACGUCGGAGGUCAGAGGUUUCAGACGACAUGUCGGCCGAUGGUCGCUUUGAGCCUUUGCGGAGAGGAGCAUCUCUGUGACAGAAGCUUGUUGACGGCGGCUUCUAGGAGCUAGUCGAAGGAUCGAGGUUGAGACGGGCAGCACCCUUCAGUUCGCGCCCCUGGGGACUGGCCGGCUGCGAGACGUGACUUUUGGGGACCGCAGGGGAGCGGGGAGUGUGAGGUGCCAAAGACCAGUAAUGCCCUGUAUCCCACCGGGAAGCCGGGAAGCCAAGCUCCGCGGGACCACUUCAUGCCGCUGACUGGUGUAGAGCCCGCCAGAAUGAACAGGAAGAAAGGAGACAAGGGCUUUGAAAGCCCAAGGCCAUAUAAAUUAACCCAUCAGGUCGUCUGCAUCAACAACAUAAAUUUCCAGAGAAAAUCUGUUGUGGGAUUUGUGGAACUGACUGUAUUUCCCACAGUUGCAAACUUGAAUAGAAUCAAGUUGAACAGUAAACAGUGUAGAAUAUACCGAGUAAGGAUCAAUGAUUUAGAGGCUGCCUUUAUUUACAAUGACCCAACCUUGGAAGUUUGUCACAGUGAAUCAAAACAGAGAAACCUCAAUUAUUUUUCCAAUGCUUAUGCAGCUGCAGUUAGUGCGGUGGACCCUGAUGCAGGAAAUGGAGAACUUUGCAUUAAGGUUCCAUCAGAGCUGUGGAAACACGUUGAUGAGUUAAAGGUCCUGAAGAUACACAUCAAUUUUUCUCUGGAUCAGCCCAAAGGAGGUCUUCAUUUUGUGGUACCCAGUGUAGAGGGAAGUAUGGCAGAGAGAGGUGCUCAUGUUUUCUCUUGUGGGUAUCAAAAUUCUACAAGAUUUUGGUUCCCUUGUGUUGAUUCAUACUCUGAAUUGUGUACAUGGAAAUUAGAAUUUACAGUAGAUGCUGCAAUGGUUGCUGUUUCUAAUGGCGAUUUGGUGGAGACAGUGUAUACCCAUGAUAUGAGGAAGAAAACUUUCCAUUAUAUGCUUACCAUUCCUACAGCAGCGUCAAAUAUCUCCUUGGCCAUUGGACCAUUUGAAAUACUUGUAGAUCCAUACAUGCAUGAGGUUACUCAUUUUUGUUUGCCCCAACUUCUUCCAUUGCUGAAACAUACCACAUCAUACCUUCAUGAAGUCUUUGAAUUUUAUGAAGAAAUUCUUACGUGUCGAUACCCAUACUCCUGUUUUAAGACUGUCUUCAUUGAUGAGGCUUAUGUUGAAGUGGCUGCUUAUGCUUCCAUGAGCAUUUUUAGCACGAAUCUUUUACACAGUGCCAUGAUUAUAGAUGAGACACCUUUGACUAGAAGGUGUUUAGCCCAGUCCUUGGCCCAGCAGUUUUUUGGAUGUUUCAUAUCUAGAAUGUCUUGGUCUGAUGAAUGGGUGCUGAAGGGAAUUUCAGGCUAUAUCUAUGGACUUUGGAUGAAAAAAACUUUUGGUGUUAAUGAAUACCGCCAUUGGAUUAAAGAGGAGCUAGACAGAAUUGUGGCAUAUGAACUGAAAACUGGUGGAGUUUUACUACAUCCCAUAUUUGGUGGAGGAAAAGAGAAGGAUAAUCCAGCUUCCCAUCUACACUUUUCAAUAAAGCAUCCACAUACACUGUCCUGGGAAUACUACACUAUGUUUCAGUGUAAAGCCCACCUUGUGAUGAGAUUGAUUGAAAAUAGGAUCAGUAUGGAAUUUAUGCUACAGGUUUUCAAUAAACUACUAAGUCUGGCUAGUACUGCUUCAUCUCAGAAGUUCCAGUCACAUAUGUGGAGUCAGAUGUUGGUUUCCACAUCUGGGUUUUUGAAAUCCAUUUCAAAUGUCUCUGGCAAAGAUAUUCAGCCGUUAAUAAAGCAGUGGGUAGAUCAGAGUGGAGUGGUAAAAUUUUAUGGAAGUUUUGCAUUUAAUAGAAAACGAAAUGUCUUGGAAUUGGAAAUAAAACAGGACUAUACAUCUCCUGGAACUCAGAAAUAUGUGGGACCACUUAAAGUGACAGUGCAGGAGUUAGAUGGAUCCUUCAAUCAUACGCUGCAAAUUGAAGAAAACAGCCUUAAACACGAUAUACCCUGCCAUUCCAAAAGUAGAAGGAAUAAAAAGAAAAAAAUCCCACUGAUGAAUGGGGAGGAAGUUGACAUGGAUCUUUCUGCAAUGGAUGCCGAUUCCCCUUUGCUGUGGAUAAGGAUAGACCCAGACAUGUCAGUAUUGAGAAAGGUAGAAUUUGAGCAAGCUGAUUUUAUGUGGCAGUAUCAGCUCCGGUAUGAGAGAGAUGUUGUUGCACAGCAGGAAUCCAUUUUGGCUUUGGAAAAAUUCCCUACUCCAGCAUCUCGGCUUGCACUCACUGAUAUAUUAGAACAAGAGCAGUGUUUCUACAGAGUAAGAAUGUCAGCUUGCUUCUGUCUUGCAAAGUUCUUUUUUUUCUUUCUUUUGUAGACUAUGCCAGUUGCAAUGGCUUUAUUAAGAGAUGUUCAUAAUCUUUGUCCUAAAGAAGUCUUAACGUUUAUUUUAGACUUAAUCAAGUACAAUGACAACAGGAAAAAUAAGUUUUCAGAUAACUAUUAUCGUGCAGAAAUGAUUGAUGCCCUGGCCAACUCUGUUACACCUGCAGUCAGUGUGAAUAAUGAAGUUAGAACUUUGGAUAACUUAAAUCCUGAUGUGCGACUCAUUCUUGAAGAAAUCACCAGAUUUUUGAAUAUGGAAAAACUUCUUCCGAGUUAUAGACAUACCAUCACUGUCAGUUGUUUGAGAGCCAUACGGGUACUUCAGAAAAACGGACAUGUGCCAAGUGAUCCAGCUCUUUUUAAAUCUUAUGCUGAAUAUGGCCACUUUGUGGACAUUAGGAUAGCAGCUUUGGAAGCAGUUGUUGAUUAUACUAAAGUGGACAGAAGUUAUGAAGAACUGCAAUGGCUACUUAAUAUGAUUCAGAAUGACCCUGUGCCCUAUGUAAGGCAUAAGAUUCUCAACAUGUUGACUAAGAACCCACCAUUUACUAAGAACAUGGAGUCUCCCUUAUGCAAUGAAGCCCUGGUAGAUCAACUUUGGAAACUUAUGAAUUCUGGUACUUCACAUGACUGGAGGUUACGGUGUGGUGCUGUGGACUUGUACUUCACACUUUUUGGCCUCAGUAGACCUUCCUGUUUACCCUUGCCAGAGCUUGGGUUGGUUCUUAAUCUAAAGGAGAAAAAAGCUGUCUUGAAUCCUACCAUAAUUCCAGAGGCAGUAGCCGGCAACCAAGAAGCUGCAAAUAAUCCAAGCAGUCACCCACAGCUAGUUGGAUUUCAGAACCCUUUUUCAAGUUCUCAAGAUGAGGAGGAGAUUGAUAUGGAUACUGUUCAUGAUAGCCAGGCCUUCAUUUCCCAUCAUUUAAACAUGCUUGAAAGGCCGUCAACUCCAGGGCUCUCGAAGUAUCGGCCAGCUAGCUCCCGAUCUGCUUUAAUACCCCAGCACUCAACAGGCUGUGACAGCACACCCACCACAAAACCCCAGUGGAGUUUGGAACUUGCACGGAAGGGAACAGGUAAAGAACAAUCACCUUUGGAGAUGGGUAUGCAUCCAGUGGCAAGCGCUCCACUCUCAGUCUUUACUAAGGAAUCUACAGCCUCCAAACACAGUGACCACCAUCACCACCAUCACCAUGAGCACAAGAAAAAGAAGAAGAAGCACAAACAUAAGCACAAACACAAGCAUAAGCAUGACAGUAAAGAGAAGGACAAGGAGCCUUUCACUUUCUCCAGCCCUGCCAGUGGCAGGUCUAUUCGUUCUCCUUCCCUUUCAGACUGAGAAGGGGACAAAGAGACCUUUCCUUCCAUGUCCAGAAGAAUGUAUGUAACUAAAGCUUUGUCCUCUCUGAUGAAUGAUAAAAGGGAGGGGGGAAAGGAUUUGCCUCUCCUACAGAAAUUCUGAAUUCAUUUAAGUUCUAAGCAUUUGAUUUACAUUAUUUAUACAGUUGGGAUCUAAUUAGGAAAAUGUGUUUUGUAGUUCUGGAUAGACUAUUUCUUCCGCUGUUUCUUCCUCAAAACACACACACAGAGCAAACUCCUUUUCAUAAAAGCCCUCAUAUCCACUGGCAGUCCCCAUUCGCAUCAUGCUCUCCAUGUGUACUGCCAGAGUCAAUUAUGUUUGAAAGCCUUUGGUGGAUGUUAUGGGGCAAAGUAUGAUUUACACAGAAGCAACUGCCAAAUCCGUGGUGCAACCACUAUCUCCAGUGAAAUAUUGUAUAACACCAUUUGGAACUACUGAAAAGACAGAGGCUUUUCUACAGGGCUCUUCCUUAUUGCACCAUUUUUGUAUUAACCAUAGAAACUAAGCAUCAGAAUUUAUGUACAAAGAGUAUGUUAUUUUUCCUUUUGCUCUGAAAUACUGAGAUUUGGGGAAGCAAUUCUUUUUUAAAAAAAUUUUGAAUAACUAUCUUUUGAUAACACAUUCGGCGGUUAUGAUGUUGGAAUUUAGCAGAACUAUCAAAUCCAAAAUUGUUUUCAAAUCAAGAUGUUUAAAUUAUAAGUUGUUUUGUUUUCCAGUAAGUAUGAAUGAAAAUAUUCAUAUGUAAAAUAUGUUUUGCUAAAUUUGGACAAUUUACACACCCAACAUUUACUUUUUCCAAAAUUAUUUCUGUGGGACACAAAGUAUACCUUUAAAAAGGUGACCUUAUAUAUUGUUUAUUAACAUAGAAAUAGACAAUUUGGCUCUCAUACCAUAAGCAUUUUAAAACACAUAUGAAACGUUUUGAUUUCAUUGUAUGGUAGUGUGUUUUUAUUUUUAUUUCUGAAUUUUCCAUAUGCUUUAAUACUUGUUUAAGAAUAUUUUUAUAUCUGUUCCAUUUUUAUCAUUUCCCUUAUCGUUAGAAAGUUUGACAAAAAUACUUGAAUAUUGGUUCUCUAAAUAUACUUUUAGUUGUGUUUAACUUGUUUAAUAAAUAACUUUUUAAGUUGAUCA